UCCAACACAGAUUGUCAGUUAUCAACGGCCCAAAAAUUAUAACCCAAAACUUUGAUUAGGAGCCCAAGAUACUUUUGACGACAUUCAAAAGUAAAACUCUCAUGUCUACCAGCCCUCUUCCUCUUCUUCUGAUCAACCCAAGAAUUCUCCAAAAUGAAGUACCAAAAAUUCCUCUCAAUUCCAAUCUGUGCUGUGUUUUUCUUGAUCGGUUUUGUUUAUUAUAUCACAGUUUUCAUUUUCAUUGAAGAUUGGGUUGGUUUGCAGAGCUCAGCUGGAUUUUUAAAUGCCACGAUCUUCACUUUCUUGGCUUCUCUCUGUCUCUUCUCUUUUUCUGUAGGCGUUCUUACUGACCCAGGUUAUGUUCCUUCUUCUUAUCUCCCUGAUGUUGAAGAUAGUUCUUCUGUCUCAGAUGAAGAACCCAAGAAAAAUGGUGUACAGUUAAAAUACUGUGACAAAUGUGCUGCUUAUAAGCCUCCCAGGGCUCAUCACUGCCGGGUUUGCAGAAGAUGCAUACUAAGGAUGGACCAUCAUUGCCUGUGGAUAAAUAAUUGUGUUGGUUAUUGCAACUAUAAAGCUUUCUUCAAUCUUAUACUUUAUGCAACCAUCGGUAGCAUCCACUCCACGAUAACCAUAAUAAGCUGUGCCUGUCAGAAGGACUGGAAUUACAGCGGAAGAACUCCCCUCAAAAUUUUUUAUGUUGCUUGUGGAGCAAUGAUGCUUGCAUUAUCUGCAACACUUGGGACUCUCUUAGGUUGGCAUAUCUACCUGAUAACUCACAACAUGACAACCAUAGAGUAUUAUGAAGGAAUACGAGCAGCAUGGUUGGCUAAGAAAUCUGGGCUGAGCUAUCGUCAUCCAUUUGAUCUUAGUGUUUACAAAAAUAUUACCUUGGUAUUGGGUCCCAACAUGCUGAGAUGGUUAUGGCCGGCAUCAAUUAGUUAUCUGAAAGAUGGAGUUAGCUUCCCUACUUCACGUGACAUUUGAUAGAUAUUUUCCAAAUCCACCCAGGUCGUUGCAGGAUUAGUGGCAUUCCAUGCUUGUUAUUACACGGUGAAGAUUUUGCAUUGUGUUCAUAUUAUCACAUUGUUUCAAGAGGAGAAAGGAUAGGUUGAGUGUGUUGUUGGCCUAAGUAGGAGAGAAGUGGCCAACCAGAGAUCCACACAGUGACAUGUGUGCUUUGUUUAGCCUGAUAAUACUAGCUUGUUUUAUUAGUUCCUUUUUUGAAAUUAUUUUCUACUCCCUUUAUAAAGGAAUUUUGUACAGUAAAUAUUGUAACAUAAUACAGUAGGCAGUUGAUAUGGGCUACAAGGUGCAAGUAAUUUGUGUAAUUAACAUGAAAUGUGUAAAUGUUUUGACUUCAAUCUCACAUUCAAGUUUAUUAACA